ACAUCUAUCUCUUUCUAAACAAAUUGUACCGUUCGCACAUGUGUAUUUCUUCAUGGAACUGCAAUACCAAUAAUUCUCGUCUCGCUUUGAGGAAGUUUGCUCGCGUGUUUGGUUACGUUCACAGAACUUUGUGUAUAAUUAAUAAAUAAAAUGCCUUUUAUAUCAAAAGACUGGCGUUCGCCUGGUGAAGUGUGGGUGAAAACGCAAGAAGGCUGGGAGAAGAAAAAGGUUCUCGAAUGCACAGCACAAAGAUAUGCCGCUAUAACUAACUAUAAUAACUCAGAUGAUAAAGAACAAAAAUGGAGUGAUGAAGAUGGCGACAAAAGUUCAGAGGAUGAGGUAGCGAGGGUUCCACCUCACUGCCAUAUUACAAUCAAAUGCACAAAAGAGAUCGCAGGAUUUAACGGCCUAUCAGAGGCGGUGCGUCGUUUGGACUUCUCAUCAGCUGUCCGCGAUGUGAGACGAUUCAAUUACAUCUGCGCAUUAUUAGAGCUACUUCUGUGUGGCCAGAGACUGACCCAUCUACCUGGAGCCGCGCAGAAAUUGCUCCUGUCUAUGCUUGAACAGCUUGCAGAUCAAGUUGCAACAUCGAAGCAGAACUUAAACGCCCUGAGAGCGUUGGUGGUGGGUGUGACGGCCCUUCGUGAGGCCGAACGACGCUCGUGUUGGGGCCGACCUUUGGGAUCACGCGCUCUCUGGGGUCACCACGACCAUGCGAUCGCACGUAUUCAUAGGAUUGUUAACAGUAUUCGGAUACAGGAGCCUGGUCCGGAAGUAGUGCCUAAACUUCACGACUUGCCUGAAGAAUGCAUCAGGGAGAUUCUACUGAGAAUAUCGGAUCACAGGGAUUUAGAUUCAGCGUCGUCAGCCUGGUCCGUGAUGGCGUCGCUAUGCUCGGAGCAUCGUGUUUGGCGGGAAUUGGUUAAUUUCCACUUCACAUCGCAGCAGAUCGACUCUGUCCAGAAGACUAACGCCGAUACUGACUGGAAGAAGCUCUUCCAUCAGCUACGGAGGUUGUACGGGCUACGCGAAGAUGCGCAAUACGCUGAGACAUUGUCUCUUUGUAGACAUUGCAAAUGUCUAUUUUGGCGUUCGCUGGGACAUCCUUGUAUAGCGGAUCAGUGUCCCGAGUAUCGUGAGCGCCUGAAAGAAGCCGGUGGGCCUUUGCCCCCUCACCCAGUUCCGCCCGCAGCUUUCCUAAAGUUUUUCUCGCUGUAAAAUAAAAAUGUAGCAAACAGUAAGUCAAAAUAUAAUUGUUUCUGAAUUAAUGAUUUAUUGACAUAUUUAGGUUAUAUGUUCAAAUGCAAAAAAUUGCCUUCAUUGAAAUAUACACGUUAAAAAACGGUUAAAAAAUUUAAACUUUAUGUAUAGAUUCAUAAACAGCAAAAUCCUAUAUUUGAAGCUGAAGUUCUGUAACUGAUAAUACAAGAUACACAUUAGAAUUGGCCAUCUGUUUUUAGAGUUAAAUGCAACAUGUUAUUAUUAUUCUCAUAUCCCCUUAAUUUAGCUGAGUCAAGGGUUUGCGUUACUGUUUGUGGUUUAUAAGUAAAUGUUACCUAUAAAAUGUGAUAAACUACAUGGUUUACUUUCACCAAGGAUGUUAUAUUUGAAAAACAUGUUACUUUUAUUCUAACAUACUAAAACUUAUAAAAUUAAUUUAUCUAUUGAUUUGAUUAAAGGGCAUAAUGUAAUUUAAUUAAUGAUUGUGGUUGAGGUUUCGGAAGAUAUUGUGCAAUAUUAUGGUUAGGUGUUGGCAUAGCAGGUCUUAUCGAAAGUGGUGUUCAAAUAAAUCCUAAGCAAAAUCAACUAUUUUAACUUCUAUAUAUGGUUUAUAUUUUGCUAUUAAGUUCUAAAUUACCACUAUUUAAGAACUUGGCAGCUUACUAUGUCAAAAUCGCUGAAAUGUGUUCAUUUUGUCUAAUUUGAUACUAUUAUACUGUCUUGUGUCUAAACACUAAUUAAGCAUCACAUAAGAAUUUAUUAAUAUAUAAUCAUAACUAACAUAAUAAAUGUAAAUGUAGGAUUCUAUCUUCUCAUUAAUGAAUCUUAAAAACUUUGUUGUGGAAAUAUAAUAUCUACAAUAAUAAUUAUAAAUAAAUCAGGUAGAUUUCUGAGCCUGUCCAAUUUAUUGUUUUAAUUUAUAGCUAACAGGGUUGAUCACUCUACUGUGUCUGACUCAUAAAGUUGUCAUAUAAUUAUAAUAUACAGCUUUAUGUUACUUUACGAAAAUUGUGAAUAUUAAAUACAAACCGCACCAGUAUUCUUAAAUUAAUUACAAAACUCAGGUUUUAGAUCCAGCAACUCCAUUUUUAUAAUAAUGAUGUCUAGUAACUUAAACUGGUUUGUAUCAACUUUUAUUUAAUAACUACCAUUACCAUAAAUUAAAAAUUACUGUGUGUGAGUGUAUAAUUUGACAAAUGUUAAAAAUUAUCAUAUUGUUAUGAGACCUAAGAAGUGUGCAGAAAGGUGCAAUUACAAGUAUGUAAUUGGUGUUGGUCGAAAUAAUACAGCUUAUUGCUAAAUAUUGUGUUAGAAUAGUAUUAAAUAUUCUGACUGUAUCUGACACAGUUUAAGAUUAUUUAGUAAAUGAUUUAUGUCUUUUAAAGCCAUCAGGCUUGCUAAUAUAAUGCAUUAAAGAGAUGCAAUCUAGUUAAAGAAAACUGAAAAAAAUUAUGAUCUCUAAGUACAUAUUUUGACUGUUCAAUGCAAUAAAUGCAAGUAGUAAAUUUAAGAAGUAAGAUAUUUUUCUAUUACUAAUUAACAUAACAUUUCUGAAAUAUCAGGAACAUCAGCCAUAACUAUUCACAGUAUAGAAAAUUAAAUUAAUUGACAACUUAUAUGCAUAGGUUGUUGUAAUAUUUGGAUAGCUCUCUAUAUUUACAAUUUUGCUUCUUAACUAAUACUAUAUUUGAUAAAUAAUUUCACAUUUAGUAUUCAAACUGAUACUAUUUAAGAACAUCUGGCCUAAAACUAAAUUAUGUAUUGUCCAAUGGUUUAAAUAGAAUGCCACUAUUCUGAUGUAAGUUUAUAGAUUUACUUACUAUUCAGUCUAAUCAAAAUUUAUGCAACAAAUAUGCUAAAUCUUUAAAAGAAAAAAAGUUAAUUCAAAAUACCAAUCAAGAGUUUCAACAGCAGUGAUUAGAAGAAUAGUAAGUAAAACAUUGUUAGAAUGUCUAAGUCUGAUUAAAAUUGUUCAUUGUAGAAUCAUAGAGUAGCUGUUAAUAUUGUGAUAUUUUAAGAUAAUCUUACGGAUAUGAAUUUGUGUUUCAUUGUAUGUUUAGAAAUGUAGUAUUUUUUGUCCUUGUAGUUACUUUUUGUUUGGUCUGUGAUUGUGAUUUUAUUGAAUUUUUUUCACCUAUAAAAUAAAAUAUAGUUAUUUUAGA